AAAAUAAAUAGUUGAGCUGAGCAUAAAAAAACUCCAGUCACUUUUCACACCACGAGGAGGAAACACCGACCGAAAAAAGUAUGGCCCCUGCCGAUAUCCCGAGUGUUAAGUUUUCGGACGGAAGUUCGGUUCCAAUUCUGGGUCUAGGAACUUGGAAGUCAAAACCUGGCGAAGUGAAAGCUGCGGUGGAGGCGGCGAUUUCGGCCGGUUACCGCCACAUAGAUUGUGCACCGGCUUAUGAUAAUGAGGCCGAAGUUGGCGAAGCAAUCGCGAACAAGAUCAAGGACGGAACCGUCACCAGAGACCAACUCUUCGUCGUUAGCAAGCUUUGGCAAACAUAUCACGAGCCGGAGGUGGUUGAAGAAGGACUGAGGACGACGUUGAAGGAUCUCAAACUUGAUUACCUCGACCUUUACCUUAUUCACUUCCCUGUUGGCUUCAAGCAACAAUCUGGGAGCACCUCUGCUCGAGAUGCGAACAACGUGAUUAUUACAACCGACAGAGAUUACGUGGACACAUGGAGAGCGAUGGAAAAGUUGGUCGAAAAAAAGCUGGUGCGCUCGAUCGGCGUUUCCAACUUCAACGAGGAGCAAAUCGACCGUAUCUUGAAAAACUGCUCCAUCAAGCCUGCCACGAACCAGGUUGAAUGUCAUCCUUAUCUCAUCCAAAAGUCGCUCUCCGAGUAUUGCAACAAGAACGGAAUCAUUUUCACCGCCUACAGCCCGUUCGCCAGCCCUGACAGGCCCUGGGCAAAACCUGACGAGCCCAAGUUGAUUGAAGACCCCGCUAUUGUUGCUAUUGCUAAGAAAUAUAACAAGACGACGGCUCAAAUUCUUCUUCGCUACCAGAUCCAACGGGGACACGUGACCAUCCCAAAGUCAGUAACUCCUGCAAGAAUCGUGCAAAACGCCCAGAUUUUUGACUUCAAACUGUCACCUGAGGACGUCGAGGCGAUCGAAAAGCUGGACAGACCGGACGGACGUGUUUGUCUACUUUCAUUCUGCAAAGGCCACAAGUAUUAUCCGUUCUGAGGACUUCUGUGAAAUGUGCGGUUAUGAAUAAAAUUUACGAUUUGACACAUUGAAAGUAUUUAUUUUGCUGUUUACUUUUAUUUUUCUUAGUACCAAAUAAAUAAUGACAGAUGCUGGGGU